AUGGCGCGCACGGCGGAGGCGGAGGCGGAGGCGCGCGCGGUGGCGCGGGCGGUGGAACGGGCGGGACGGUUGGAUUACGACUGCGCGGUCGCGGACGGGCGAUUCAGCGCGAUGGCUUUAGAGGCGUGGGACGGUGGGAAGAUGAUCGGGGUGCUCGUGGGGACGGAGCGGUCGAGUGGGAAGCGGGUGACGCUCAAGGCGUUUAGCGGGCAGUUGUUCGGCGCGUGGAGAGUCGAGGGUUGGGCGCCACCGGUCGGAGAGCUCACGCACGAUAACGUCGCGUACGUGGAAGAACACGCAAAGAUACAGCGUUUGAGCGAGCGCAUAGCGGAGGCGGAGUCGGCUGAGAAGGAGGCUCGAGCCGCGGCGACGGCGGAGGCGGCUUUGAGAGAGGGCGAACUGGAGGCGCUCAAUAAAGCCGCCAAGGCGGCUCAAAAGGCCAGGAGACGGGCGCGCGCGGCGCUGGGCGACGAUGCAAGUGCCGCCGAUAUUGAGGCGUUGGACGAGGAGAGUCGGCGCUCGAAGCGUCAGGUGGCGGCGGCGAAACAAGUCAUCAACGAGGCGACGGCGACGAUGCGCGCGCGCGCCGAUUCGCUUCGAGAACGCAUCGAUGAGAUGAAAACGGAACGGAAAACGCUCUCACAAAACCUCCAAGAGAAUAUUUGGGAUAGUUACAAACUUCCUAGCCUAAGCGGUGACGUCCAACCACUGCGUGAUGUGUUUCAUCCACGAGUCACAUCCAUUCCGUGCGGUUGCGGCGACUGUGCGGCGCCAAAGCUCCUCGCCUGGGCGCACGCGCGAGACGUCGUCCCGGAAAGCAUCGCGGAGAUGUGGAUCGGUGCGUCACGCCCGCGCGAUUUUCGAGUUCGCGGAACCUUUUACGGUGCGUGCAGGGACAAGUGCGUUCCAAUCAUGGGACACUUGCUCUGUCGACGCGAGCGGCUAAUAGACGUCACCGUCGUCGAGCGCCGCGACGCCGGCACGAACGCCGACGCAUCCUGA